AUGAAAGCCCUUCGAGCAGCAGAUCGUACGUCCGGACUCCAUUUGGAGGAGACUCCGAUUCCCGAAACUGGUCCCGACGAUGUCCUGAUACAGGUCCAUGCUGCCGGCGUUACACCAGGGGCCCUCAGGCUUCUGGAGAUGGGCCGAGCUCGUACGCCGUCAACGGUGGGCCAUGAGAUUGCCGGAAUAAUCACCAAAACUGGGGAGAGGGUCCCUGCCGAACUCGCCGUUGGAACCCGGAUCCGUGUUAAUCCUGUCUUAUCAUGUCGUCAGUGCGAGUACUGUACCAGCGGACGGGAACAUAUGUGUGGUGAAGGGGCGAUGAUUGGUUUUGGGCAGUUUGGGCAGACUUCGCCUCUGUACGAUAGAUAUCAUGAUGGGGGAAUGGCGGAGUAUGCCACGGUGCCGUACUGGAAUGUUCAUAUUCUCCCCGACAAAAUAUCCUUCGCGAUUGCGGCAAAGGUUCACGAUGUUGCAACGGGUUUGUAUUCUCUCGAGCGCGCGAAUUUAAGCAAAGAGUCCGUCCUACUUGUGACGGCUGCAUCUGGGACAAUGGGAGCCGUGACCUUGCGACUUGCGCAGGAGUUUGGUAUCAAGAAAGUCGUUCUCGUCGGCCGAUCUCGUGAACGACUAGAGGUCAUGAAGAGGCUGACGGCGGUCGAGACUGCAGUUGUGGUUACGUCGAACGAGAAUGGGGAGCUCGAUCAACCGACACUGCUUGAGAGCCUGCGUGCUGCUGCACCGAACGGUGUCGAUGCCAUAGUCGAUUAUUUGCCCUCUGGAGGACUAAUUACGAAGAUCCUGCCCAUAUUGAAAACUGCUGGGACGCUGGUCCAUAUGGGCUCGAAUGUGUGUCCGUUGCCGGUUCCACUGGCUCUGGUGAUGGGCAAGUGUUGGACGAUUGUUGGGUGUCGGGGGCAUGCUCGCGAGCAUCAGAAUAAAAUUAUCCAGUGGUUGACAGAAGGGAAGUUAAGUGUUGACGACUUGAUCACUCAUCGCUUUCCGUUCUCUGAUGCAGAGAAUGUUAUCAAGCGGAUCGAAGACCGUGAGGAGCCAAUGUGGUUGACAGUUAUCGAUGUUACUUCGGAAUCCUAG